CAGGCUUCACCUCUAAUUUACCUUUGGUCUGCGUCUUUCACGUGAUUGACAUUUCCACCACCAGCUGAAAAGAAGCAGCCACCAGACUACGGCGCAUGCAUUUUGAGUUCUAUCACAAACAGCUUUUCUCUCGCGCCCUUUGUUUGUUUGUUUGUUUUUUAUCAGACCUUCUUGGGCUGAAGCUUUUUAUUUCAGAACAAACUAUUUUCCUCCAUACCUUUUUUUUUCUUCCCUACCCGCCAAUAGCCUUACCAGGACGGCCCCAGCAUUCUUUUUAUAACAUCACUAACUGGAGCUCCAGCCUCUUUUCAGCUACUCCACCACCCCACGUUCUCUAACGGGAAGCCUUUAGCAGCAUCCGACGUCAAUCGCAUCAAUCGCGCUCGAGCAUGAUGAGAUUGUAGAGAUUUAAUAGGAGAACAAACAGCAGAAUGGCGAAGAAGAAGGUGAAGCAGGCAACGGGCGAAGACGAUGGUGGGAUUGGAAGCCAGCCACCAAUGCCUAUUCCCGCAACGCAUCAAGCACAGUCGUCGCCCAGUCCAAGCUCAAGGCAAAAAUCUAGAACUACCGACGCGGCUCAAUCGACAGCAGCUCCAACGGGGCUUGCAAUAUGUCGCAACAAACAUUGGCGCUACAUCUCUUCCUAUCACGGACCGUGGUUGCAGAUGCCGUACGAGAUACUGGAGACUAUCGCCAAUAUCAACUACAAUACGCCAUUGCCGCGGCCCCUCGAUGCUGCCUCAUUCUUUGACCUUGUCAAGGUACGACGGUUGGUCGAUGAAGCUACCAAUCUUGCUGUGAGGGCUGCUAGUGACAUCGCCUCGCCGACACUGACCAACGUCAAUGGUGGCUUUCCAAGUAUAUCUUCGAUGAUUUCUCAUGGAAUGGGCGCUCCAGGCCAUAGCGGGAGACUAAGCAGAGAGCGGAAAUUUAAAAUGAGAGAGCAGGCGAGCCAGAAGCUUGCGCGCGCAUAUCGCUUGGAUGAAAUCGUCUGCAGUGUUGCGACUAUGCAGGGCGCGUCGCCGCUUGAAGAAGUGGGCAGUCUUGUCUUACAGCGCAAUUCAAAGGAUCCUGACGCCAAGUAUGUUCACUUUUUCCAUGAGAAGAUACCGUCAAGGAAAAUGGCCGAAAGUACGAGUUUAGAGCCUCUGACAGAGAUUACUGGGGAUCGCCCAGGAGAACCAGAGGUGCUGCGAACACGCGCGACGGUAAAGGUAUUCCAGAACGACUUAGAAGGCGCAGUUUUCGAUCUUACCCAUGCCCUGUCCAUAUCUCAGUUCAUCCGCAGAUCUCACCAACCCAAACAGGAGGAUACACAAAUCGUAGACUCACAACACACUGCCGCUAGGAGACGGCCUCAUGUUGUCAUUUUGCCAGAAAAGGACCAACCGAGCAGCCUCGAGGCUCAAUUAUACUUCCAACGGGCGUCAGUAUACUUGACACUCGCUUCUGAUAAUGCUGUGAGCAGCAUGCCGACACCACCAUCAAGCAAAACCAACGAGAAUCCAGCAAUUACCAGCUCCGGGGAUGGAGAGGUAGAGGCAGAGGCUAGCGACCCAGGCAAAGAGAUGUUUCGAAAACAGACUGAAUCACGGAAAAUGGCUAAAACCUUUGCCAAGCGGGCUAUCAAAGACUACAUGUCUUUUCUUUCGAAUCUUCACUAUUCGCCUAACCUCCCGGCCAAAAUAGCCAAGGAGUUCAACGACCGUGUCAGCAUGGUCAUGCACGGUAUCCGCAGUUCCAGAGCCAUUGAUACAAGCAGUUGGACAUCACACACUGUUUACUCUUUACCUGACCUUUUUCGCUCUGUUCCUCCGACAGACCUUCCCCCGUUUCCAGCUCAAGAUCUAAUGAAGCAUAGUGCUCAGCAAUCGCUAGGCGAAACUGCAUGCGAAUGGGUGACGUAUCAUCCGCUACUCAGUGACGCCUUGCACUCUCUCCUUUUGGCUCACUGUCUCGCUCAGACCUCCGCCAAAGAACUUCAGCGACAUGCUUACAUGGUUGCUCGUCUUGUCAGGCUUUCCGACGGAUAUCCCUUGUUUCAAGCGAACAGGUCAUCUGCGCGAGCCGAUUGGACGGAGCUUGUUCACUGUGCUGGAAAUUGGUUACAACUCAGUUCUUCGUGGGACAACUUGUGCCAGCCGGCGCCGCUACCUUCAUACCUUGAAGACUCGUGUAAACACCAUUGUCUAAAGCACGGUAGCAGCCACAAAACUACUCCACAUUCUGAAAGAUCCAUAGCAGCCUCGGCUGCGGCAGCGCUUGUCGGUGGAGGCACUUUUGACGCUGCCGCCGCUGCUGCCGAAGAAGAGCAGCGUCGAAAGGAAUUAAUCCGCGAGCAGGCUAUAGCAGAUACUCUCGAUGAUGAGCGCGUUACUGACGAAGUUUCAUUCCGAGCAGCCGUUAAAGCUCGCGAGAAGCGAGCUCAACAAAAUGAAGCUUUAUUUUCUGACAAAUCUUCUGAUGGUGCCGCCGCUACUAUCAAACCAGGUCCGGGUUUAAGCAUGAACAGUUCGAAUGGAACUAACGGGGCCAAUGGCACCAGUGAUGCAAAUAAUAUGAAGGCCACAAAUGGCGCCAAUGGCACAAACGGCUCAGAUAGUGCGAGGAACGGAUAUAGGGCUAUAAAAGAGACUGAUCUCGAACCCCUCUCAUCGCAACGCUGGUCUACCGAAGACGGAAAAGAAUACACUCUCACGACCGAACGAGCUAAUGCAAUUGCGCGAUGGGUACAGGAGGCCCCUGUUGUCACCGGCAUGACGAAACGCAAGAAGCGAACCAAGAGGACGGAGGGCAGUGCCAAUGGCCCCAACACCAAAGUCGAUGAGGCUGAGAAGGGCAUUGAGAAGCUGGAAAUAUAAGUACGUAAUUGUAAUAUGGUAAAUAGGGAUGCAUACUAUAUUAUUAUUAAUGCAGUAAUGAGAACGACUCUGGGAAGAUUUCACUAACUCUCGCCAAAUACUCGAGCGGGCAGGCAUCUCGAUGCUACCAUUUUGAUGAUGUCGAUUCCAUAAACAUAUUGCUUUCAUAUACACAGAACACGC